AGCCUCAGUCCCGCCGCCGCCCGCCGCGUCCGCCCAGCGCCAGCUCCGCGUCCAGCCCGGCCCGCGGCUGCCCGCUCCGCCGCCAUGGCUACCUCCCCGCAGAAGUCGCCAUCUGUCCCCAAGUCCCCCACUCCCAAGUCGCCCCCGUCUCGCAAGAAAGAUGACUCCUUCUUGGGGAAACUCGGAGGAACCCUGGCCCGGAGGAAGAAAGCCAAGGAGGUGUCCGAGCUACAGGAGGAGGGCAUGAACGCCAUCAACCUGCCUCUGAGCCCGAUCCCAUUCGAGCUGGACCCUGAGGACACCAUGCUGGAGGAGAACGAGGUGCGAACCAUGGUGGAUCCCAACUCACGCAGUGACCCCAAACUUCAGGAGCUGAUGAAGGUUUUAAUUGACUGGAUUAAUGAUGUGUUGGUUGGAGAAAGAAUCAUCGUGAAAGACCUGGCUGAAGACUUAUAUGAUGGACAAGUCCUGCAGAAGCUGUUCGAGAAACUUGAGAGCGAGAAGCUAAAUGUUGCUGAGGUCACCCAGUCGGAGAUUGCUCAGAAGCAAAAACUGCAGACUGUCCUGGAGAAGAUCAAUGAAACCCUGAAGCUUCCUCCCAGGAGCAUCAAGUGGAAUGUGGACUCUGUUCACGCCAAGAGCCUCGUGGCCAUUUUGCAUCUGCUGGUUGCUCUGUCUCAGUAUUUCCGGGCACCAAUUCGACUCCCAGACCAUGUCUCCAUCCAAGUGGUUGUGGUCCAGAAACGAGAAGGAAUCCUCCAGUCUCGGCAAAUCCAAGAGGAGAUAACUGGUAACACAGAGGCUCUGUCCGGAAGGCAUGAACGUGAUGCAUUUGAUACCUUGUUUGACCACGCCCCGGACAAGCUCAAUGUGGUGAAGAAGACACUCAUCACCUUUGUGAACAAGCACCUGAAUAAACUGAACCUGGAGGUCACAGAACUGGAAAGCCAGUUUGCUGAUGGGGUGUACCUGGUGCUGCUCAUGGGGCUCCUGGAGGGCUACUUUGUGCCCCUACAUAGCUUCUUCCUGACCCCGGAUAGCUUCGAACAGAAGGUCUUGAACGUCUCCUUUGCCUUUGAGCUCAUGCAGGAUGGAGGGCUAGAAAAGCCCAAACCACGGCCAGAAGACAUCGUCAACUGUGACCUGAAAUCCACACUGCGGGUGCUGUACAACCUCUUCACCAAGUACCGAAAUGUGGAGUGAGCAGCCCCGGCACUCACAGACCAGCCUUUGGAAUGCCUUGCUUCUCUCCUGUCUCUAGCUCCACGCUCUUCCUCAAAGCCAGGCGCAGCCCAGACAGUGGGAACUGACAACACAUAGGAAAUGACCCAUACCUCCGGGCCCUGGGGCCAGACCCAGUGGUGCCGGGGAGCGUUCUCCUCCUCUCCCUGAUGCCAUGUCCCAUCUUCCCUCUGUGUAAUCUAGGCAACAGCAACAGAGUCCCCAGAAGAUGCAGGAUAAGGGGUUCCCACAGGUGUGAGCACAUGCUGGGCAUCACAUUUGGUCCUGCAAGUCAAGUUCAUGCGGCCUCAUGACUCUGCAGUGGGCAUCAUGGUUCUCUUCUAGAGGAGGACCCUGAGCUCAGAGGUUCAGGAACUCAUGUUUUUCUGCUUCAUAUAAUGUGUUCAUUACUAGCUCAUAGGGUUCCUUGCAUGUUCUGCAGGGGUAUGUGUGUAUGUGUUGUGUGUCAAGGUCUACCUGCACACACCUGAGUGUCCAAAGAAGGCAAGAACCCUCGAAUCUCACCACCAGGGGCGGGCCAGGUCAAGGCUCGGUGAUUCAUACUGCAAUUGGCAAAUCAAAUUUAAUCCAAUUAAGUGUGUGUGUGUGUGUGUGUGUGGCAGGACUGCAUGUCCCUCAAAUCCUUUGUAGAAAUGAAAAUUACCCUUAAUUCCUUCAGAUAUUCUAAUAACCCUGUACUCGAGUGACAUUUGGGAAGAAUUCAGUUUAGAAUUAAUGGAGUGGCACAUUUUGCAGCCUUUCUGCUUGAUUGCAUGUAAUGGAAAUGCCCUAUAUUUUCCUGCAAAAUAAGUACUCAAUUCAUUAUGAUUAGGCAAACGUACAAUAUACUCGGCAUGGCAGAGAGCUGGGCACAGGCCCAUCAGAGCAUUGCUUAUGAAGUAGGGCUCUUCAACAGGAACCCUUGAACUUUAAAGAAAGGAACUCCGUUUUGCCUUCUAAUUGAUCAUUUAGACCAUUCUGGCAAAGUCUGCCCACAUGUAAUUACCGGCUAAUUCAGGCAAGGAAAAAUGUAAGUCAUUUAGACCAAAGCCGAGCAGUUUCCUUGUGUGGGUGACUCUAGGGCCUGCGGUUACUUGUAUCUCCUCCAUGUGAACCUGACUUUAAAAUGCAGCACUCACCCUUGGCCAGGCUGUCCUUUGCUAGGUCCUGGAAGAACAUGGAAGGAGCUCAAGGAGAAGCAUGGGAGUGAGGGGAUGUUUGUGCUUUGGCCAGGUAGAUAACUGCCCUUAGAGAAGCCAGGAAUGGCUUGGGGGACUUCACAUUUGCACCCUUAAACUGACCUAGGUCUUGGGAGAAUCCCUGUGCUAAUUCAUCUUCACGUAUGAUUGUCAGAAAUACGCCUAGCAGACACCAGCUCGGGUCCCUGCCUCUGGAAGUCUCUGACCACCCUGUUAGUGCUGCAGGCACGUUGUACUAAGCCCUGUCUGGUUUUGGGGAGCUGCCAUGAUCUGUGUCUGCACCACUCAAAGUUAGCCUCCCACACUGUCCAGAACAUUCCUUUCAGCCUUCUUGUCUUAUACUGUGUCGUAAUUCAAGAACCUAUAGCGCUUAAGAUAAUACACACUUGAGUAUCUUGCUCUAAGAAUUGUUUGUCAGCAUAAUAAGCAUUUCAGAUACAAGCAUAAUGUACUUUCUUAUGUCAAUUUAUGUGAAAGAAUUUUUUUACAUCAUUAGUGAAAUAUAUUUUUCACCAGGAAACACUAAAUAGUGUAAUAGUUCUGUUAUUCUCUUUUAAUAAGUUCCUGGUAGCAGAUCAAGAUAAGCAAUGUGUGUCCUUGAGCGAUCUUAACGUGGGAUGAAAUGAGAGAAAUGCAUUCUUUCAAACAUGCUAUGCUGUGUGGA